AUGAACAACAAAACUGUUCCAGCAUACUUUCAUUUCACCUCGUUUAGCAUUUAUGGAAAUGCAAGAAUAAUUUAUUUUCUAUUAAUGGUAAUAGCAUAUUUUCUCAUAGUUCUUUUCAAUAUGACUAUAUUGCUGGUUGUAUUGAAGGACAAGUCUCUUCACGAGCAGCCCAUGUAUCUGUUGAUGUGUUGCCUGCUAUUCAACUCUCUGUACGGCAGCUCUGCGCUGUUUCCGAGGCUUUCAGCUGACCUUCUGUCUACAACUCACACAAUAUCCCGUCCUGCAUGUUACACACAGCUAUUUGUGGUUCACUCCUAUGCAAUCUCUGAGUUUGCUGUGUUAACGUUCAUGGCAUAUGACAGGUACAUCGCCAUAUCUGAACCUCUGCGAUAUCACAGCAUUAUGACACAGAGGAAGACUGGUCUGCUUAUUUCAUGUGCUUUUUCCUGGUCACUCGUUUGUGUGAUUGUUGGAGUGUACUUAUCUGCCAGACUACCCCUGUGUGGCAAUAAGAUACCACGAUUAUAUUGUUCAAAUUGGUCUGUUGUAAGACUUUCAUGCGUGUCAACGGUAAUUAACAAUAUUUGGGGCUUUUUUGUUACUGUGACCACAGUCUGUCUACCUGCUGGUUUCAUAUUGUUCACAUACAUCAGGAUUCUCAUUGUCUGCAGAAAAAGCACAGCUGAGUUCAGAGGCAAAGCACUGAAAACGUGUCUGCCGCACAUUGUCAGUUUUGUCACCUAUUCCAUAGCAGUCUUCUCUGAUAUUACUCUUGGUCGGUACGAACCAGAUGAAAUUAUAGUCGCUUUGUUAAUUUCUCUUGAAUAUCUUAUGAUUCCGCCAUUACUAAACCCUCUGAUAUAUGGUCUAAGCUUGCCAGAUAUCCGAAGAAGAAUUCUGAGAAUGAUCAUUUCAUUAAAGAUUGUCCUUGAACGUUGA